AUGGGUGUUGAUACUUCACCAAACCCGAAUGAGGUCCUGGAUGGUGUACAUGGAAUGCGCUUGCUGCCACAUUCUCCAUUCAAAGCAGAGAGUAUUCAUCAGCAUGCAGGCUAUAAUUCUUCAAGCAAUGGAACAUGCCAAAGCCUUGUUAUUCAGUGAGUGCUGAUUCCGGAGAAAUUUGCAUUCUCAGUGCCAUUCUUUUGUAGAAACAGCUUCAAUCCGUUUCCAGAUAUUAUGACACGAGUUUUAUUUUACAUUUUAAUUUAUGCAUAGAUAACUGGUUUUUCCCCUGCCAGACGCAUAUGGGAGCAGAGACCACCUUGCCUGAAGCCUAUCUGCUGCAACCAUCAAGGUAUACUUGGUGUGGUCGUUUUCUGUGCUCUUACUGGAUUUAUAACGUGUAGGAAUGACUGCAGCUGCAUGAGAUAACCCAACUUUUUCUUCCUGCAGGGGAUCGGAAUCGGACAGAGACAAUUGUCAAUGUCAUAACAUCGUUACCAUUCAUUGCCCUUGGCCUCCAAACUCCACGGCAUGCUCACCAAUCCUUUCUAAAUAAUUUUUCAUUCUUGAGCCUGUGCCAUAACUUGCAUGUCAUUUGACUGUUUAUGCAGGAAGAAUUUAAAUUGUCAAUUGUAUGCUAAUUCAUUGAUUGGAGUUGGGAUUGCUUCAUCUUUAUACCAUGCAUCGAGGGGUGAACUCAAAAGGUUCCUAAGGUGGGCAGAUUAUGCAAUGAUAUCAGCAGCAUCAAUUGUAAGUUGGAGAAAUUUUUGGACAGAUACGAAGAAAUUGUUGCAAAUUUUAUAUCAGCGAAAACCUGCCUCUUGCUUUAAAAUGCAGUUAGAUUUUCGUAUGCUGUUAUUGGCCCAGAUAUAAAUACCUGUAUUAUGUUACAUGUGUUGUAAAUGGCUCCUGUUGUGACAAAAUAUGCAUUCAACAUCGCCAUGGAUGAAAUUUAAAGCCUUUAUAACACCAAGAAGUUGUUGCUUGGGGAAAACAUACAGCGAGAGUCCCGAUGACUUUCUCUGUUGCCUCGUAACCAGACGGAAUAUUAUGCAGGCUCAAAUGAUGGACAGGGUGUUCUGAAAUAAUCGAUGUAGGGCAAUUGGAGUCAAUGAGGCUUGUUUACUUAUAGAAGGGUGCGGGGUGAUUUCCAUAGAAAGGUGAUGUCUGGGUUGAGGAGGAGGAAAUAUUUAUGUUGUCCUUGCCAUUGAAUUAUCUUUAACAGGGAGGCGCCGGUGCAAUAUUUUGUAAGCUUUUAGAUCUUAUAGUUAUUGGUUGAAGCACGGUAGUGGUGCCAUCUUCUUGUAAUCAGGAUGUAUAAGUUCUUUGUGAUGUUUCAUCUCCCCUUCCCUUACACCACAAAUUUCUCUUUUUGGGGUUGCUACUUCAUGUCUUGGAAACCUAAUGUUUAAUAUUCAUAAUUUAGAAGAUUAGAUCAUCUCUGUACUGAUCGUCAGUCUAUUCCAUCUUUUUGUCUGUUGAAGAAAAUCUUUUGACUAAAUUUUAUUUUCACGCAACCUUCAAUUAAAUGACAGACUGCAUAGGUUGUGCUAGAACUUAACCAUUGAAUAAUAUCGUGCCUUGACCUUAUCAUGGCUAUAUUAUGCUCCAACAGUGACCUGGAUAGACUGCACGUUUAGAAUAUGAAAAUAUACUAAAACGAAAAAUAUCUAUUAAUGUGUAUGUUAUAGCUAUUCUCGGGAAUGCCAUGCCUCAGUGUGUAGGAAAAUCCAGCCUUAUAAUUUUCUAAAGUGGCUAUUAUCGGUUUGAUCUCAUUAUGUUAACAGUUUUAAAAGGAGUGAAUGAUAUUUCCUUAUUUUUGCCCAUCCAUUCUUGCCUUCUUGAUUCGUACAUAGCUUGACGUCCUUAUUGUUGUAUGCUCGUUCUUCCAUAGCCUAGAGAAAGACUAGUCAAUGGAAAUCAAUCUCGAUGUGCCUAGAGAAAGACUUCAGAGUUGCCUAUAUAAUGAUAUUCUAAUGUGGUGACAACAUCGUGCAGUGUUUAUCAAGAGCACUUAAUAAUGAAAAUCCUAGAUCGCUAAUGAUGGCGUCAGCAUUGUGUCUGCCUAUCCAGCCCUUCGUGGUUUCAGCUGUCCAUACCGGACUGAUGGAGGUAGCACUCAUCCAUUCUUACGUAACGGGUUUACCUUUUUUGCAUUCAAAGUGAAGUUUCCUAUUGAAAGUGAAAUAUCUAGUUUUUGGUUCAUAUUAAACUGAUAUAUCACUGUAUAUGAGUUCUGAUCAUUAUUUAAACAAGUCGAUAACUAAAAUUGAACUCUAUUAGGGGUAGUUUGAAAAUAAAUGAGGCUAUCAGAUAAUAGCCUGUGUAUUUUGCAAGUCUCCUCUCUGAUAAUCAUUGGUACAACUUACUAAGAAUGCUGACUACUACUUUUGGUUUCUUAGUUAUUUUCAUUCUUGUUUGGGUUGUCAUUUAAAUUUGACGUAUGAAAUUGUCCCAUGGUUCUGAAAUUAUUAGUCCUUUUACGAAUGCCAUUAAUAUUUGUACAUUUUUUAAUAUUAAUGUACAAAUAUUAAUAUACAAAUAUUAAUCCUUGUUGCUUUUUCUGUCAUCGAACUUGAACUGCCAGUACAGGUACGCAGCAGAAGUCUUCUUGUUACCUGUCUUUAUGAUGGGUAUUAUCCUGACCAUUUUACCAAAGUAUAAGUUGGCCAUCAGAAAAUGAUCAAUCUUCGAGGUUUUAGUCAAACCAAGAUAGACAAACUGAUGAUCGUGGAUAUAUAAGCUCGUACCUGAGUGUGCUCUGGCUAAUAAAUCCUCAAUCUAGCUUCAGUCUGAUGGACAAAUAAUAUGUAUUCAAAACUCGAUCACUUUCAGGACGAAAGGCAAAGCAUUUACUUUCAGGACGAUAUUCAACAAAGCAGGUUUUGUACGCAGUAUCAUGAAGCCCAUCAAAACUUGCAUUUACUUACCACUAUAGGGACUUCUGGUGUUAAUUUUCAGGAUGAAAUUUCAUGAAAAGUUGUCUUGUAAAUCGAAUCCAUUUUAAUGCAAAAGAUGUGAUCGUCAGUGAGCCCAUUUUCCCCAGAAUCCAUUUCCAAAAUGGUUACGUUUUUAGGAUUCUUAAUGUGAAAGCAUUCUUAAAAACCGUGAUUUUUCAGCUGUUAUAGAUUAAUAUGAAGUAUGCAUCUUUUUUGCUCGAUCACUAACCAUGAGAGGUUUUUAUGAUUCUGGGAAAAAUGCCCUAGUCCUGGUCAGCCUAGAUUGCAAAGGUAAUCGUCAGCCCAACACACUUAUCAUGGUUAGGAAAUAUAUACCAAGAAAAGUAGAGCAUAAUAAAAAAGUAGAGGAAAAAUUUGACACCCCAGAAGUCAGCUACAAGUUAGAAACGGCUAACUAAAAUGAAUGGGGGAAGAAAGGUUAAACUUCUAGUCUACACCGUUUCAAAACAGAGAAUAUUCAUCUUCUUCCCCCUUUCUCGUUUUUGGGGUGAAUUGAGAUUAAUAUCUGGCUUUGCUGAUUGACGGAGUAAUACUUGGUUUCUACUGUGUCAACCGGAUUUACAUCAUUCGUAUUUGGUAGAACACACAAAUACGACAUAAAUCCCCUAGGAUGAAACAUGCUUGAUUUUGCUGCAAUCUUGGAAUUGUGUGAUCAUGUCGCUCAAUCUCGCUGCUUACGAAGCUCAUAAACUUUCAAGUGUUACUAGCUUUCAUUCUUGUUCAUUGACCAGGUAACAUUCGCUAGAAGGGCAUUGGAGAAACCGGAACUGCGGACAGCGCACAGCUUACAUGCUGUGUCGUCUUUACUGGCGGGUGCUCUCUUCAUCGCUGAUGAUUGCUUUCCUCAAACUCCUUACAUCCACGCUGCUUGGCAUCUUGCCGCAGCAGUGGGCACUGCUACAUGCAAUAAACUUCUUGAAUGA